AUGGCGAGCCUCUCCGACGACACCCUCCGCAAGAUUCUAGUACAGAUACAGCAGACUGCUGUACAGUCCCAGCGAGCCUUGAAUAUUUCGCGGCAGCAGCUCGCAGCCAAGGAGCGGGAAAGACGUAUCCUCCAGCUUACCAUUGAGGAAGUCACGUCCCUGGGAGGCGAUGUAAACCUUUACAAGGGUGUAGGGAAGAUGUUCUUGAUGACACCUCGUCCGCAAAUGGAGAAGGAGCUGAAGGGAGAAGAGAAGGAGUUGACGGAUGACAUCAACAACUUGCAGAAAAAGGGGAAGUACCUGGAGAAGCAGUUCAACGAUGCCCAGGCACAACUCAGAGAUAUUUUCCAUAAUGCACCAUCGCAAUAA